AAUUUUAGAAGAUUACACAUUGAAAAAAAAAAAAUUCCGUGUAUUCGUACAUUUUUUCAGCAAAUUAGAAGUUAACAAUAAGAAUAAAAGCAAUAAAAGUUAUGUAUGUGUACACACACACACACACACACACAUAUAUAUAUAUGUGUGUUCCACCAUCGCAUGUCGAAAACUACCUCUCUCUCACGAAAAAUGUGAAUAAAAUGUACUGAAUAAAGUAUUUUGGAAAUUAUACAAAAAUUUUCGUUUUGCGUAUAGUGUCACAAAACAAUGAGAGAUAAACAGCAGCUUUUUCGUCCUAGACUUUCUCUAAAGAGAAAAGAUGAAGGAAAAGGUUUGAUUGUGUAUGUGUAAACAGUCUUGUAUUUUGCAAGUGAAUUUACUGACUGAUUACCCCAAGGAAAUAUAUUACUUUCAAUAGUACUUCAAAUAGUGAAUAUUUAACAAACAGUAAAAAAUAAUAAUGGGGGCAAAGACCAGAUUGCGUCUUUCUGAUCACCGAAAAUCCAUGAGAAAAGGCUGGCUGAAAAGACGGCAAAGGCUAAGGCAAAUGCUUUUGCAAAAUACAACGCAAGCUGAGAACAAUCAGAAUACUGAGACUGCACAAAAUACUGAGAAUGCAACUAAUAUUCAGAUUUUUGUUGCUGAUGGAAUCCUGCCUGAUCUCACAGUCAAUCAAAUUCAGGCAAGGCAAAGGCAAAUGCUUUUGCAAAAUACAACGCAAGCUGAGAACGAUCAGAAUACUGAGACUGCACAAAAUACUGAGAAUGCAACUAAUAUUCAGAUGUUUGUUGCUGAUGGAAUCAUGCCUGAUCUCACAGUCAAUCAAGUUCAGGCAAGGCAAAGGCAAAUGCUUUUGCAAAAUACAACGCAAGCUGAGAACGAUCAGAAUACUGAGACUGCACAAAAUACUGAGAAUGCAACUAAUAUUCACAUGUUUGUUGCUGAUGGAAUCAUGCCUGAUCUCACAAUCAAUCAAGUUCAGGAAGAAAAAGCUGAUUGCGAGAAACCAAUAGAGGCAUAUGAAGAGGAAAGCAUAUGUAAUGAAAAUAUCGAAUAUUGCAAAAAUGAAGAUUUAGAUAUAGAUAACGAGUGUGUUUUGGAUAACGAAGAAAAAGAAGAACAUGAAGAUGAAAACACAUAUAAUGAAAAUAUUGAAAAUUUCGAGGAUCAAGAUGAUUUAAUUAUAGACAACGACUAUUUGUCAAAUAGAAUCAAUUAUAAUAUACCAUCAUUAAUACACCCAAACAUACCUGAAGGCCGUUGCAUAGUGGAUUUCUCUUUUAUGUGGAACGAGAUGCAUCGGCUAUUCGAUGAUCAUGCACAGAAGCCAGAAUGCCAGUUCAAACAUUGGCAACUUGUAAAUUUUUAUCGUCGUGGAUUAUUAACACAAUUCUGGUUUCAAUGUCAAAUAUGCAAGCAGCUAUCAAGUCUUUGUACAGAACCUAUAGAUUUGGAAAAAGGUAUUAAUGUAGCUGCUGCAGCUGGAUGUGUGAAAGCAGAUAUUGGUUAUUCCAAAAUGAAAAAACUAUGUACAGCUAUGAACAUUAAAUGUAUGUCUGAGAAGACUUAUAUAAAAAAUCGAAAUAAUUUAGUUCAUAAAAAGACAGUUCUGAAGAAUACUACAGCAGACUCUUUUUAAAAUUAAUUUCAGUAGUAUAUUGUGCAAAUCAGAGUUACAUUAUAGUUAAUGUAUAAGUAAUUUUUUAUUAUAAAUAAAAUAUGCAUGUUUGUGAAUCUUUGAAUCUUAAGUGACUAUUGAAUAACUGUAAAUAAUAGAUUAUGAAACAUUAUUUUGUUUUUGUUUGACGACAACUUUUGUCAAGCUGUUAGCAGUUAAUAUGCUAUUGCAUUAUUUGUAUCUGAAGAUUAUAUAAUAUAGGAAACUGUAAUU